AAUUGUGCAUUGUCAAAAAGUGGAUGUAUGUCUUUGUAGUUUUAUAAAAGAUUAGUGCUUUUGUAUUAGUUUAACGCAAAAUAUUGAUUUUGUAAUUAUCAGUUAUAUAUCUAAUUAUAUUCCUUUAGAUUACAAAAAUAAUUGGAAAAUUUCUUAAAACACGUUGCUGAUGAAGGUUAAAGCGUGUAUAUAGAGGUAUUGCAAAAAAUCAGCCUAGAUAUAAGGGAAAUGAAUAAAAAAAAGCACCAAAAUGAUCCCAAUGGAGACGAGUCUUCGGAAUCGUGGGAUGAAAACCAAAACAGCAUAGAAUGUGUUCACAUUAACAAAGCUGUGGACCUGCAACGAGUAAAAAAAUCGUUAACUAGAACUGGAUUUCAAACAGACUGUGAAGAAUGUAAAAAAUUACCUCCCGAUAAUGACAUUGGAGAUAUAGAGUAUGACCUUUCUUUAUGGUUGUGUUUAAAAUGUGGAAAUCAAGCCUGUGGGAGAGGACGAAACAAACAUGCUCUCAAGCAUUAUAAUACGCCUCAUUCGGAUUCCCAUGCAAUGUGUGUCAACACAACCAUUUGGAGUGCCUGGUGUUAUGAUUGUGAUGAUGAAGUGAAUAUAUCAUGCAAGAAAAAGUUGCAGGAAGCUAUGGAAUUUCUUAGGAAACAAGCAGAAUCCAAUAAGAUCAAACAAAUUAGCUCACCACAUACUGAUAAUCGAAUUUUAGAUAUAGCUACCACAAUUUUACCACUCUCUACCAGUACUGGAGCUAUGCCCAAACUUACAAAUUCUUUCAGUUCAACCCUUCCGAGGGCUAGAGGGCUUACAAAUUUAGGAAACACUUGCUUUUUCAAUUCAGUAAUGCAAUGCCUCGGACAGACACCUUAUUUGUUGGAAUUACUGGAUGAGACUUCAGAAGGAGGCCAAUAUUUUCAACUACCCGGAGGCAAAAUGACUCAAGAAAAUAAAGAAGUUAUCGAAUUACAACCACUAGAUGGUGUUUUGGAAAAGUGGAGACCACUCACAGCAACAUUAGCACAAACUUUGAGCGAACUUCAAAGUGGUAGGGCUGAGGUAUACAACCCUAGAAUGCUGCAUUCGAGACUUGUCAGUAAAAUGCCCCAGUUUGGAGGGGGAGAUCAGCAUGAUUCGCAUGAAUUGUUACGUCACCUUUUGGAAGCUGUACGGGAAGAGGACUUGAGACGAUAUAAAUCUGUAAUUUUGGAAAAGUUAGGCUUCAAUUGUAAGACAGAUCCCGCCACUGUCGAAGGGGAGCAAAAGAAAAUCAUCAAGUUCUAUGGACAACAGGCAUCCGAAAUGCUAUUACCAACUGAGCAAGUAUUUAGGGGUGUUCUGGUAAGCACUCUACAGUGCCAAAUAUGCGAGCACACUUCACAUCGUGACGAAUUCUUCCUGGAUUUAAGUUUACCAAUAUCCGAGAAACAACUUCCACCUCUGCUAAGGCGCAAGGCUGAAGAAAUAGAAGACAAUAAACCUUCCAAACAUCAAACCAAGAAAGAGAAAAGAGCAGAAAGAAAGAAAAAUAAAAAGCAAAAAGGUCACAGGAAUUUGGUUAACAAUUUCCAAAAUAAUCAACUGUCGUCUGCCGAUCCUAGCAUGGAUAAUAAGUCUGACAGUGAAUCUGAUGCCGAUGUUGAAGAUAACAUUGAGGAUUCUGCCUUGAAUAACGUUCAAGCAGAUGAUAUUCCAAAGGGUAUGGAGUCAGGUUACAAUUCCGAUAAGGUAGACAAUAGUAGCCCCGAUUCAAACAAUCGAAAUGGGUCUCCGGAAAUGAGAGUGGACGAUAGUGGAGUACCAAGCCCAAUUAUCGGCAUGCUCAGUAUUUCUCCAGGUACUCCGGAAAACAGUGCGUCCUCAAGCGAAACUAAUAUCGAUAUGAGCAGCCCUGUGUGCGGUAACAAUAGCCCUAAUGAGGACAUUACCGAAGAAUUUGAAAGACCCGAAUCAAGAUUAGCCUUCGUAACAAACAAAAAUAUCGAUCUCAAGGUAGAUCUGGAAAAACUUAGUUUACUCAAUGAUGGUGAUUCUCAUAAAGUGAAAGCUUUCAACCAUGACGAACUAGAUAAUUUGGAGGGUGCUUGCGGUCCCAUCGAACAAGAAGAUGAAAAGAUGGAGGAAGAUGACUACGAAGAUGACGCCAGUUUAUGGUCUGGAACGAUAUCCGCCAGAUACCAGUGCGAAGAAGGGGAGUGUUCAGUGCAAUCCUGCCUUAACCAAUUUACUGAGUGUGAGUUGAUGGUUGGUAACAAUAGAGUGAGUUGUGAGUUAUGUACAAAGCGACAUGGGGGUCCCGACAAGAAGACUGUCUACACUGACGCUUCCAAACAGCUCCUAAUCUAUAAUCCUCCGGCGGUACUUAUUUUACAUUUAAAACGAUUCCAAGUUUAUAGAUUUAGAUCCGCAAAAGUGUCGAAGUUUGUGAAAUUUUCAACAUUGCUGGACUUGGCUCCGUUCUGCUCAAAAAGAUCUCAGUACUUGCCUACAUUUGAAGCUGGUCAAACGAAGGUGCUCUACUCGCUGUACGGUGUGGUCGAACAUAGCGGUUCCAUACACGGGGGCCAUUACGUGGCUUAUAUUAAAGUACGCCCACCGUUAGAAGAAAAUAGUUACAGGUGGCAGUUUCUGCCGAAGAAUCAGAAGGAAAAAACGGCAAAUUCCCCAAAAGGUGCCCUAGGUGAACCAGACGUGCCGCCGGGUAAAUGGUACUAUAUAAGUGACUCUUUCGUUAAUGAGGUUUCAGAGUCUAAAGUUUUAGGAGCGCAAGCUUAUUUACUGUUUUACGAGAGAAUAUUGUAAUUUUUCCCUAGUGUUUUUAAAUAAAUGUUUUUAUUUAUAUUAAUUUUGAAUUAAACGUUUGAUGAAAGUUUGGAAUUCAGAAAAAUCCACAUAGAAUUAACAGGUUUAUUUAUGUAGGAUAUUAUUUGUAGACUGAUUUACUAUUUAUCAUGUCUGGGUUUUCAAUUAGUAUAAUAUAGAGCUUUUUUAAAUGUUUUUAUGAUACUAUGGAAGAAAUUAAGCAUCAAGUUAUGCAAUUUUUAAUUCAAAAAACCGUUUGAAAUGCUUGCGAAUAAAGUAAUUAAUAUUUCAAUUAAAAAAUAUUG